GGCCGGGAGGGGCGGGGGCGGCGGCGGCGCUGGAGCGGCGGGAGCGGCCAUGAAGGCGGGAGCUACUUCCAUGUGGGCUUCCUGCUGUGGAUUGCUGAAUGAAGUCAUGGGGACGGGAGCAGUGCGUGGCCAGCAGGCUGGAUUUGGGGGAGGUGCUGGCCCGUUCAGGUUUACACCAAGUACAGACUUCUCAGCAUAUCCAGCUCCAGCUGCAGCCAGCACUAACAUUGUCUGCAAAGCCUGUGGACUUUCCUUCUCAGUUUUUAGGAAAAAACACAUGUGCUGUGACUGCAAGAAGGAUUUUUGCUCCGUUUGUUCAGUCUCACAAGAGAACCUCCGGAGAUGUUCCACCUGUCACUUGCUGCAAGAAACAGCCUUCCAGCGACCUCAGCUAAUGAGAUUGAAAGUGAAGGAUCUGCGUCAGUACCUGAUUCUCAGGAACAUCCCAACAGACACCUGCAGGGAGAAGGAAGACCUGGUGGAUCUGGUGCUGUGCCACCACGGAUUGGGGUCGGAGCAGGACAUGGACGCUGGCAGGUUGCGCUCGUCACGCUCACAGACCUCGGGGUUUUUUACUCAUCCCUUUUCCAUGUCUGUAUCCAUGUCCAAUCCAGGAGAACUUGCAAACAGGAGGGGAAGCACAGGAAGUGGAACACCUUCACGGGGCCAAACGGAAACAUCUGUAAAUAAUGAAGAAGAAGAAAGUGCAGAAGAGCAGACCCCUGGACUGUCCAGGAAGCGAGCGAGGGCGUCGCUGUCCGACAUUUCAAGCCUGGAAGACAUCGAAGGGUUGAGUGUUCGGCAGCUGAAGGAAAUACUGGCCUGUAACUUUGUCAACUACUCAGGAUGCUGUGAGAAAUGGGAACUUGUGGAAAAAGUCAGCAGACUGUACAGAGAGAGCGAGGAAAACCACAAGACACAGGGUGAGAAGAUGCAGCUGAACGAGGACGACGACAACCUGUGCCGGAUCUGCAUGGACGCGGUGAUCGACUGCGUGCUGCUGGAGUGCGGCCACAUGGUCACCUGCACCAAGUGCGGGAAGCGCAUGAGCGAGUGCCCCAUCUGCCGCCAGUACGUCGUGCGCGCCGUGCACGUCUUCAAGUCCUAAGCCAGCCCCGGCUCCCCGUGGGCAGCAGUGCCGAGCCCCUGCAGCCCUCAGCUCCUUAGUUCUCAGUUAAACGUGGCCCUUUGAGCACCAGGUUCUGGAGUUCGUGAAAGUUUUUUCUACCCCCCUCCUGCAGGGCAGGGCUGGGCAGGCCGAGGCCAGGCCUGUGUGCAGGGCUGGCACUGCCCCGCUGACCCGCUCACCCUGUUGUUGACUGUUGGAGUCAAAACUGUUUACAACAGUUCUUGCUCUCUUCUGAAGAAUCUCCUUACGUGUUCAGCACUCGGCAAGUGGUCAGCAAACACCUCUGCUUGAGCCUGUGAUAGCCUGUGGUGUUCUUAGUGCAUUAGAAGCAAUGAAUAUAUCAGUUGAAUAUUCAGCUUUUCUCUAACUCUAGAAUGUACCUGUCCCGACACGGUGCCGGGGUCGGGCAUGGCUGUAGGAAGCACUGCCAUGAACUGUACCUGCACAGAAGCCCUUAAGCAAUCUGGCUUUGUGCUGAUUGCUCCUUCUGAAUGUCUGUCAUGACACCAUGUGCUGUCUUGGCUGUUCUCUGUCAAUGUACAAAACACUCCGUCACUUUGCAGGGCUCAGGGGCUGCACAGGGCUCUGCCAGGUGGGCUCCAAAAACCAGUUACUGGGUGGUUUUGGGUUUAGGAAGAAAAUAUAUUUUUUAAAAGGGGUAUUCUAGCAAACCAUAUUAGUGUGGUCCUUAAUCCGCUCAUGCCUGUUGUAACUAUUACUCUGUGAUGAUUGUAUUCCAUGUGCCGACAGCCUGUUACUGUGAACACUGAUCAGGGUCACCACCUCCUGCUGCUAACGUGGAAUGUGUGGCAUUACUAACCUUAACUGGGGAGGGGGCAGUUGGGAGCAGGGAAAGGAAACAGGUUUUGUUUAAAAACCUCCCGUUCAGAGACUUUCACCCAAGGCUGAGUCACCAAAACCAGCUUCCCAGGGGCUGCUGGGGGCCCUGUGUUGCUGCCAGCCCUUGGCCCAGGGCUGAGCUGGGCUUUGUACCAUCAGCACAGGUACAGGUCCUCUUGGAGCAGGAAUUGUGGUGGUCCUUGUAGGAUAUCUGUGAGUGAUGACCUGGGGAAGAGAGGGGCAAGGGUAGCUCUUCUUGGGGAUCUGUGGCCCAGCUUGGCCAUGACAGAUCAGUUAAGUUCUCUGUAAAAAAA